GCAGUUGUGUUAAUGAGAGUGAGCUGAACGCUUGUGAACGCUUGUGAACGCUCAUUCUGCUGUGGGACUGAACACGGCAUGGCGAUGAGAGGCUCUGUCGUGCUUUCACUCUGCGUCCUGGUCCUGGUCCAGUUGAGUCUACAAAACUCAGUGAAGGCAGAGGAUGGACCUGUCUUGCAAACCAAGUUUGGGGCCCUGAAAGGUGAAUAUGUGAAAGCGAAGGGAAAGGACACAGUUGUCCAUUCCUACCUGGGUGUUCCGUUCACCAAGCCGCCCGUAGGUCCUUUGAGAUUUUCUCCUCCACAGCCUGCAGAGAAAUGGGCCGGAGUGAGAGACGCUACAAAACAGCCGUUCAUGUGUCUGCAGGAAAAGCAGUUAGUUGAAGACUUGGUAGCCAAUAUAUCAAUGAACAUAGAGGUUCCUGACUCAUCAGAGGACUGUCUUUACCUCAACGUCUACACACCUUCUAAACCUGGAGCAAAUGACAAGUUGCCUGUCAUGGUUUGGAUCCAUGGUGGAGGUUUGUCGAUGGCUGCUGCGUCACUGUUCGACGGACAUGUUUUGGCUGCCUAUCAGGAUGUAGUUGUGGUUCUGAUUCAGUACAGACUUGGCCUACUUGGAUUUUUCAGCACGGGAGAUGAACAUGCUCCAGGAAACUAUGGUCUUCUGGAUCAGGUUGCAGCUCUUCAGUGGGUUCAGGAGAACAUCCACAGCUUCGGUGGAGAUCCUGGAUCUGUGACCAUCUUUGGAGAGUCUGCCGGAGGAGUCAGUGUGUCUUUACAUAUUCUUUCUCCAUUAUCUGCAAACCUCUUCCAUCAUGCCAUCGCAGAGAGCGGUACGGCAGCAAUGGAUGCCAUCAUGAAUCCCAACCCUCUGCCAACAGCCCAAUAUGUAGGAAAUGCAUCUGGCUGUGAUAUUUCCAGCACAAAGAAGAUUGUUGACUGUGUGAUGCAGCUGACUGAAGACGACAUACUGACACUGCUUAAGGAGCAUCCAAUGGUUCGUUUUGGAGUGACGAUGGAUGGCCGGUUCCUUCCCAAGCCUGUAGAGGAGCUUCUUCAAUCCCAGCAGUUUAAUAAAGUGCCUCUGAUCAAUGGAAUCACGAAUGAUGAGAGUGGAUAUAUGCUGCCUAGUUUCUUUUCACCACAAGGAUGGACAGAUGGGAUGGACAUGGAGCAGAUCUUGCCAUUUUUGACCAUAUUUAACCCUACCCUUCAAGAUCAGUCAAUUGUUGAGCUUGUUUUAAAUGAGUAUCUAGGCACAUCCCCUGACAGGACCAAAAUCCGAGAUGGUUUUCGAGAGAUGUUAGGAGACUUUAUGUUCAACAUCCCAGCUCGCAAGGUAGCGAAUUACCACAGAGAUGCCGGUGCACCAGUAUACAUGUACGAAUUCCAGCAUCCUCCCAGUCUACUUCAAAAGAAACGACCUAGUUUUGUUGGAUGUGACCAUGGAGAUGAAGUUAUAUUUGUUUUAGGUUUUUGCUUUGCAGAUGGACGUAUAAAGCUGGAAGAGGAACUCUCAGAAGAAGAGAAUGAACUCUGUAGAACUGUCAUGGCUUACUGGGGAAACUUUGCUCGCACUGGGUCUCCGAAUGGUCUGGGCCUCACAGAGUGGCCUAAAUUUGGGGCUGAGGCUGAGUAUCUCAGCAUUGGACUGGAGCAAAAACCUAGUAAAGACCUGAAGGGAAAACACUUCACUUUCAUGACUCAAACUCUUCCGCGGAUAAUAAAAGAGCGAAAGGAAGGACCUCUAGUUCACACCAAACUAGGAAGUUUAAGAGGUGCAUUCAUGACUGCGAAGGGCAAGGAAACUGUCAUCAGUAGCUAUUUUGGUGUACCGUUUGCAAAGCCUCCCGUGGGUCUGUUGAGACUAGCUCCACCACAACCUGCAGAGGCUUGGCAAGGAGUGAGAGAUGCUACAAAACAGCCACUCAUGUGUCUACAGGCAAGGGAUUUGCUUUUGGACCUGUUAGCUAAUGUGUCUAUGAAUGUGGAGGUUCCUGAAGUAUCUGAGGACUGUCUUUACCUCAACAUUUACACUCCUUCUAAACCUGGAGACAACAGCAAGUUACCUGUUAUGGUUUGGAUUCAUGGUGGAGGUUUUUCUGCAGCCUCUGCUUCCAUUUUUGACGGACUUGUUUUGGCUGCUUAUCAAGAUGUAGUUGUGGUCUUGAUCCAGUAUAGGCUUGGUCUGCUCGGGUUCUUCAGCACGGGAGAUGAACAUGCUCCAGGAAACUAUGGUCUUCUGGAUCAGGUUGCAGCUCUUCAGUGGGUUCAGGAGAACAUCCACAGCUUCGGUGGAGAUCCUGGAUCAGUGACCAUCUUUGGAGAGUCUGCCGGAGGAGUCAGUGUGUCUUUACUUGUUCUUUCUCCAUUAUCCUCAAACUUGUUUCGUUAUGCCAUCGCAGAGAGCGGUACGGCAGCAAUGGAUGCUAUAAUGAGUCCCAACCCUCUGCCAACAGCCCAAUAUGUAGGAAAUGCAUCUGGCUGUGAUAUUUCCAGCACAAAGAAGAUUGUUGACUGUGUGAUGCAGCUGACUGAAGACGACAUCUUGGAGAUUGCUAGGGAACAACUAAUGCUUCGUUUUGGAGUGACCAUCGAUGGCCAGUUCCUUCCAAAACCUGUAGAGGAGCUUCUUAAAUUCCACGAGUUUAACAAAGUGCCUCUGAUCAAUGGAGUUACUGAUGACGAUGGUGGCUAUACACUACCUAAUAUUCUUGGACCCCCAGGAUGGACAGAUGGAAUGGACAGAGAGCAGAUCAUGGCAUUUUUGCCUUUAUUUAAUCCUGAUUUUCAGAAUCAGGUGAUUGCUGAGUUUGUUUUAAAUGAGUAUCUGGGCACAUCCAGUGACAGGAUCAAAAUCCGAGAAGGUUUUCGAGAGAUAAUGGGGGACUUUUUUUUCAACAUCCCAGCUCGCAAAGUAUCGAAUUACCACAGAGAUGCUGGUGCACCAGUGUACGUGUAUGAAUUCCAGCAUCCUCCCAGUCUACUUAAAAAGAUUCGACCCAAUUUUGUUGGAUGUGACCAUGGAGAUGAUAUUUUUUUCGUUCUGGGUUACUGCUUUGGAAGACAUGUAAAACUGCAAGAUAAAAUCUCAGAGGAAGAGAAUGAACUUUGUAAAACUGCCAUGGCUUAUUGGGGAAAUUUUGCUCGCACUGGGUCUCCGAAUGGUCCAGGCCUCACAAAGUGGCCAGAAUAUGGAGAUGAGGCUGAAUAUCUCGGCAUUGGAUUGGAACAGAAACCUGGCAAAAACUUCAAGGGAAAACACUUUAAUUUCAUGACCCAAAAACUUCCACAGAUAAUAAAAGAAUGGAAGGAAGGACCUCUAGUGCAAACAAAAUUAGGAUCUCUGAGAGGUGCCUUCCUGACUGUGAAGGGCAAGGGCAUAAUCGUCAAUAGUUAUCUAGGUGUACCGUUCGCCAAGCCCCCCGUGGGCCCCCUGAGACUGGCUCGGCCCCAGCCUGCAGAGAAAUGGGACGGAGUGAGAGAUGCGACCAAACAGCCACCCAUGUGCAUCCAGGACAGGCAAGUUAGUGUAGUUGAACUUGAGUUUCUCGCUAUGGAUGUGGAGAUUCCCGAGGUCUCAGAAGACUGCUUGUAUCUCAACAUCUACACUCCAGUCAAACCUGGCGAAGACGCCAAGCUACCAGUGAUGGUUUGGAUUCAUGGUGGAGGACUUGCUGUAGGUUCAGCUUCAGUGUACGACGGCUCCGUUCUGUCAGCGUAUCAGGAUGUGGUUGUGGUGCUGAUUCAGUACAGAUUGGGUCUGCUGGGAUUCUUUAGCACGGGAGAUGAACAUGCUCCAGGAAACUAUGGUCUUCUGGAUCAGGUUGCAGCUCUUCAGUGGGUUCAGGAGAACAUCCACAGCUUCGGUGGAGAUCCUGGAUCUGUGACCAUCUUUGGAGAGUCUGCCGGAGGAAUAAGUGUAUCCACGCUGUUUGCGAUGAUGCACUUCAGUCUCGCUCUGGAUUCUUAUUUCCUUCCCAAACCUGUAGAGGCUAUCGUUCAGAAGCAAGAGUUCAGUAAAGUUCCUCUCAUCACUGGAAUUACUGAUGAUGAGUUUGGCUUUUUACUGCCCGCAUAUUUUGCGGGUAAAGGAUGGAUUGAUGGGAUGAAUAAAGAGCAAGCCAUAAAGGGCCUGACCCUCACGUAUCCUGAUCCCAGGGAUCGAUGGAUCGUUGAUCUGGUGGCGAACGAGUACCUGGGCGACACGAGAGAUCCCAUUCAAGUCCGAGACAUUUACAGAGAGAUGAUGGGCGACGUGAUGUUCAACAUCCCUGCCCUCCAACUGGCAAAAUACCACAGCGCCUCAGGAGCGCCGGUUUACCUGUACGAGUUCCAGCAUCCUCCCAGUAUGAUCCAGAAGAACAGGCCCAGCUUUGUUGGCGUCGACCACACAGAUGAACUCUUCUUUAUCCAGGGCACCUGCUUCGCUAAAGCCCACCUCAAAGCAACCGCUCCUUUCACAAAGGAAGAGGAAGAGCUGUGCAGGACUGUGAUGGGAUACUGGGGCAACUUUGCACACACCGGGUCUCCGAAUGGUCCGGGUCUGACACACUGGCCUGAAUAUGAGGAUGAGGCAGAGUAUCUCGGCAUUGGACUGGAACAGAAAACUGGGAAGAACCUGAAGAAGAAACACUACACAUUCAUGACCAAGACGCUUCCAGAUCGCAUACGCCAAGGCCGAGAGAAAACAGAGCACUUAGAACUGUAAAAAAAAAAAAAAUCUAUGUGUUUCAUUAGAAAUGAACUUGAAUGUAUGGAUGCCACAGAAAAAAAAUUAAGAACUGUUCAGCAUAAGAAUUUAAUUAAUUAACCUGAGAAAAUCAAAUAAGCACUGAGUGUAUUUUUUUGCUAAUGUUCAGAUUUGAUAGAAAAUGUACAAAUAAUGUCUAAGCAACUAAUGUUUUGCACUUAAAAAAAAUUCGGACAACA